GUUAAAGAUAAUAGGAAAAAUGUGAUUAUGGAAGAAAUAAGGACAACUCACUACCAACAAAAGAAAUAGCUACAGAUACUAAUUUGCAGUUCAACCUUUACAUCAGUGCUGCCUUGCCUAAAUGUCAGUGUGUCUGAUUUAAAGAUGAAUUACACUUGCACUGAAGAAGGAAAGGUACCUGAAGAUGAACUAGAAUGCAAAAUAUGCUAUCAGAGAUUUACUGUUCACAGUCGUAAGCCCAAAAUCUUGGAUUGUCUUCACAGAGUUUGUGCUAGAUGUUUGACUAAAAUACUUCAUAUAGGAGACAGAUCUCCCUGCGUUAGCUGUCCUUUUUGCCGCCAUGAGACAAAAUUGCAUGAAGAUGAAGUUGAAGGGCUCCCCAAUGAUACAAACAUUAUGUCCAAGCUCAUAUCACAAGACAAAACAGCAUGGAAUUCUGACUGUAAAGAAGUAGUUUUAACACCAAAAAACUUGGCUUCCUCAAGUUCUUCCCAUGGAUCAUCAAACUGCUUAGUAAUUACAAUUAUGGAAGUACAAAGAGACUCCCCAAGGACUCCCAGUCAAAGUACUGCCUCCGAUAAUUAUGCUGACCAUGGCACUGAGUCAGUGUCUCGAAGUUCUCAGAGUCAGCUGGACCAAGAUUUCUUUUCAAAGCUAUGCAAGCACGUACCCAGAAUACUGGUAUGGCUGCUCGGAUUUCUUUACUUUGGUUCUCUCCCUCUUGGGAUCUAUUUACUAGUGAUUCAGAAGGUGACCCUAGGUGUUGUGUGUGUGAGUUUUGUUCCCUCCAGUCUAACUGUCUGUCUCGUGUAUGGCUUCUGCCAGUGCCUCUGCCAUGGAACUUGCGACUGCUCUUCACGAAGCUGAUACACAGUGUUUUAUCAAUUGGUAAAUUUUUAACUGAACCAUAAACCAACUUAAUUGCAAACUUUAACCUUCAUAGACUUUACAAAUGCGUAUAGUAUGACAUAGUUUUUUUAAAGUACAAUAAUUUGUGUGAACACUAGCAAAAUAACAACAUCGUGGUGUUGUGGUUUUUCUUUUACUAAAAAGAUGGUGGUUACUAUCACCCAUUCCUGAAGUUACAAAUGGCUUUAGACUACCAUCUCAUUAACUGUGAACAGAACAGAUAUUUGAAGGAUGUUUAUUGUUUAGAAAACAACCCACCCUGUUUUCAUCAAAUCCACUGUCACUGGUUUUAAAAACAGAUGGAGAUCAGAAAUGCUCUGUGUAGCACCUGUUAAAAUAACCAAGAGCCCCACUACCAGCUAUUUCAGAAUUGAGUCAAAUCUUUCCUGAUAUCAAAGGGAAAAAAAGUUGCAUUGAUUCUGCUUUGCAAUCAGAUUUUUCAGGAAAGUUUUGAGUUACAAGAAUUAUGAAAAAGAAGCUUGUAGUUGAAUCUUAAAAACUGUUCUUUAGUUGGCCCUUCAAGUAAGCUUUAACAUUUUUCAUGAUUCAAUAUGCCUGAAAAAUUAUCUGACAUAAGACAAAGUAUAUAAAAGUAGAAAUGAACCUAAGGUUUUCAGAAUUAAAAUACCAAAGCAAAUUUGGUUUCCUUAACACAGUUCCUGUGCAAAAAUUAUUUUUCUGAGUAUGUGUAUUCAACCUAUUUGAUACUGCUCUACUGUUGUUAUCUAAAUUUUGUACGGUUGUACUGAUAAUCUACAAAACUUUUUGCAGAGUGAUUAACUUUAUAAAGUUUGUUUAUAGUAAUUGCCAAAUCCCAAACUAAAAAUGGGUAUUUAUAAAAAGAAUCACUUUUAAUUUGCUGCUUAACUUAAACAUGAACAGUUUACA